UGAUAUUUGGCGCGCAUGGGCACACCUUGCUCUGCCGCCGCUCGGCCUUGCUUCUUCCUCCAGAAGUGGGCGCUGCGCGGUCACGCCAGGUUUGAACCGGAACCAGGAGUAGGUAUCUGCGUGGCUAACGGAGAAAAGGAGCUGUGGCAGCGGGAGGAGGCGAGAGAAGCAGGGAUCUGGGCUGCAGCCGCCGCCGCCGCCUUUGAUGCCACUUUGACCUUCCGAGUGCAGCGAGGCAUACAUCAUAAUUUGGAAUUCUGCAUUGAUUUAUCAGUUAUUUAUUGUCACUCUGCUGCCCAGAUAUACCUCCAUGAGGACAGUGAUGUGUGUUCUGAAAUUGUGAACCAUGAGUCUAGCACUUAAUGAGUUGCUUGUUUGCUGCCGUCAUCUAGAACAUGAUAAAGCUACAGAACGAAAGAAAGAAGUUGAGAAAUUUAAGCGCCUGAUUCGAGAUCCUGAAACAAUUAAACAUUUAGAUCGACAUUCAGAUUCCAAACAAGGAAAAUAUUUGAAUUGGGAUGCUGUUUUUAGAUUUUUACAGAAAUAUAUUCAGAGAGAAACAGAAUGUCUGAGACUGGCAAAACCAAAUGUAUCAGCCUCAACACAAGCCUCCAGGCAGAAAAAGAUGCAAGAAAUCAGUAGUUUGGUCAAAUACUUCAUCAAAUGUGCAAAUAAAAGAGCACCCAGGCUAAAAUGUCAAGAACUCUUGAAUUAUAUCAUGGAUACAGUGAAAGAUUCAUCUAAUGUUGCCAUUUAUGGAGCUGAUUAUAGCAACAUACUACUCAAAGACAUUCUUUCUGUGAGAAAAUACUGGUGUGAAAUAUCUCAGCAACAGUGGUUAGAAUUGUUCUCUGUGUACUUCAGGCUGUAUCUGAAACCUUCACAAGAUGUUCAUAGAGUUUUAGUGGCUAGAAUAAUUCAUACUGUUACUAAAGGAUGCUGUUCUCAGACUGAUGGAUUAAAUUCCAAAUUUUUGGAUUUGUUUUCCAAGGCCAUUCAGUGUGCGAGACAAGAAAAGAGCUCUUCAGGUCUGAAUCAUAUUCUAGCAGCUCUUAUUAUCUUCCUCAAGACUCUGGCUGCCAACUCUCGAAUUCAAGUGUGUGAAUUAGGAGAUGAAAUUCUUCCCACCUUGCUUUAUAUUUGGACUCAACAUAGACUUAAUGAUUCUCUAAAAGAAGUCAUUAUUGAAUUAUUCGAACUGCAAAUUUAUAUCCAUCAUCCAAAAGGAGCCAAAACCCAAGAAAAAGGUGCUUAUGAAUCAACAAAAUGGAAAAGUAUUUUAUACAACUUAUAUGAUCUGCUAGUGAAUGAGAUAAGUCAUAUAGGAAGUAGAGGAAAGUAUUCUUCAGGAUUUCGUAAUAUUGCCGUCAAGGAAAAUUUGAUUGAAUUGAUGGCAGAUAUUUGUCACCAGGUUUUUAAUGAAGAUACCAGAUCUUUGGAGAUUUCUCAAUCUUAUGCUACUACACAAAGAGAAUCUAGUGAUUACAGUGUACCUUGCAAAAGGAAGAAAAUAGAACCAGGCUGGGAAGUAAUAAAAGAUCACCUUCAGAAGUCACAGAAUGAUUUUGAACUUGUGCCAUGGCUACAGAUUACAACCCAAUUAAUAUCAAAGUAUCCUGCAAGUUUACCUAACAGUGAGCUGUCUCCAUUACUGAUGAUACUCUGUCAGCUUCUACCUCAACAGCGACGUGGGGAACGCACACCAUAUGUGUUACGAUGUCUUAUGGAAGUUGCAUUGUGUCAAAACAAGAGGUCAAACCUAGAAAGCUCACAAAAAUCAGAUUUAUUGAAACUCUGGAAUAAAAUUUGGUGUAUUACCUUUCGUGGUAUAAGUUCUGAGCAAAUACAAGCUGAAAACUUUGGCUUACUCGGAGCCAUAAUUCAAGGUAGUUUAGUUGAGGUUGACAGAGAAUUCUGGAAGUUAUUUACUGGAUCAGCCUGCAGACCUUCAUGUCCUGCAAUAUGCUGUUUGACUUUGGCACUGACCACCAUUAUAGUUCCAGAAACAGUAAAAACGGGAAUAGAGCCAAAUAUAUGUGAGGGAAAUAAAAGCUUUUCUUUAAAGGAAUCAAUAAUGAGAUGGCUCUUAUUCUAUCAGCUAGAGGAUGACUUAGAAAAUAGUACAGAAGUGCCUCCAAUUCUUCACAGUAAUUUUCCUCAUCUUGUACUGGAGAAAAUUCUUGUGAGUCUGACUAUGAAAAACUGCAAAGCUGCAAUGAAUUUUUUCCAAAGUGUGCCAGAAUGUGAACAACACCAAAAAGAUAAAGAAGAACCUUCAUUUUCAGAAGUAGAAGAACUGUUUCUUCAGACAACUUUUGACAAGAUGGACUUUUUAACCACUGUGAGAGAAUGUGCUACAGAAAAGCACCAAUCCAGUAUUGGCUUUUCUGUCCACCAGAAUCUCAAGGAAUCACUGGUUCGCUAUCUUCUGGGAUUAUCAGAACAGCUUCUAAAUAAUUAUUCAUCUGAGAUUACAAAUUCAGAAGUGCUUGUCCGGUGUUCAAGUCUUUUGGUGGGUGUCCUUGGCUGCUACUGCUAUAUGGGUGUAAUAACUGAAGAGGAAGCAUAUAAGUCAGAAUUAUUCCAGAAAGCCAAGUCUCUAAUGCAAUGUGCAGGAGAAAGUAUCACUCUGUUUAAAAAUAAGACAAAUGAAGAAUUCAGAAUUGGUUCCUUGAGAAAUAUGAUGUAUCUAUGUACACGUUCCUUGAGCAACUGUACCAAGAAGAGUCCAAGUAAGAUUGCAUCUGGCUUUUUCCUGCGAUUGUUAACAUCAAAACUAAUGAAUGACAUUGCAGAUAUUUGUAAAACUUUAGCAUUCAUAAUCAAAAAGCCAUUUGACCAUGGAGAUAUAGAAUCAAUGGAAGAUGAUGCUAAUGGAAAUCUAAUGGAGGUGGAGGAUCAGUCAUCCUUGAAUCUAUUUAAUGAUUACCCUGAUAGUAGUGUUAGUGAUGCAAACGAACCUGGAGAGAGCCAAAGUACCAUAGGUGCCAUUAAUCCUUUAGCUGAAGAAUAUCUGUCAAAGCAAGAUCUACUCUUCUUAGACAUGCUCAAGUUCUUGUGUUUAUGUGUAACUACUGUUCAGACCAACACUGUGUCCUUUAGGGCAGCUGAUAUUCGGAGGAAAUUGUUAAUGUUAAUUGAUUCUAGCACACUAGACCCUACAAAAUCUCUCCACUUGCAUAUGUAUCUAAUACUUUUAAAGGAGCUUCCUGGAGAAGAGUAUCCCUUGCCAAUGGAAGAUGUUAUUGAACUUCUGAAACCACUAUCCAAUGUGUGUUCUUUGUAUCGUCGUGACCAAGAUGUUUGUAAAACUAUUUUAAACCAUGUCCUUCAUAUAGUGAGAAACCUAGGGCAAAGCAAUAUGGACUCUGAGAACACAAGGGAUGCUCAAGGACAGUUUCUUACAGUAAUUGGAGCAUUUUGGCAUCUAACAAAGGAGAAGAAAUGUACAUUCUCUGUAAGAAUGGCCCUAGUAGAAUGCCUUAAAUGUUUGCUUGAGGCUGAUCCUUAUUCAAAGUGGGCUAUUCUUCAUGUAAUGGGAGAAGACUUUCCUGUAAAUGAAGUAUUUACACAAUUUCUUGCUGAUAAUCAUCACCAAGUUCGCAUGUUGGCUGCCCAGUCAAUCAAUAGAUUAUUCCAGGACACAAAACGAGAUUCUUCCAGGUUACUGAAAGCACUUCCUUUGAAGCUUCAGCAAACAGCUUUUCAAAAUGCAUACUUGAAAGCUCAGGAAGGAAUGAGAGAAAUGUCCCAUAGCACUGAGAACCGUGAACAUUUGGAUGAAAUUUAUAAUAGAAAAUCUGUUUUACUGAUGUUGAUAGCUGUGGUUUUAUCCUGUAGCCCUAUCUGUGAAAAGCAGGCUUUGUUUGCUCUUUGUAAAUCUGUGAAAGAAAACGGAUUAGAACCUCACCUUGUGAAAAAGGUUUUAGAGAAAGUUUCUGAAACUUUUGGAUAUAGGUGUUUAGAAGACUUUAUGGCUUCUCAUUUGGAUUAUCUGGUUUUGGAAUGGCUAAAUCUUCAAGAUACUGAAUACAGCUUAUCUUCUUUUCCUUUUAUUUUAUUAAACUACACAAAUAUCGAGGAUUUCUAUAGAUCUUGUUAUAAGAUUUUGAUUCCACAUCUGGUGAUUAGAAGCCGUUUCGAUGAGGUGAAGUGCAUUGCUAAUCAGAUUCAAGAGGACUGGAAAAGUCUUCUAACAGACUGCUUUCCAAAGAUUCUUGUAAAUAUUCUUCCUUAUUUUGCCUAUGAGGGUACAGGAGACAGUGGGAUGGCACAGCAAAGAGAGACUGCUACCAAGGUCUAUGAUAUGCUUAAAAGUGAAAACUUAUUGGGAAAACAGAUUGAUCAUUUAUUCAUUAGUAAUUUACCAGAAAUUGUGGUGGAGUUAUUGAUGACGUUACAUGAGCCAGCAAAUUCUGGUGCCAGUCAGAGCACUGACCUCUGUGACUUUUCAGGGGAUUUGGAUCCUGCUCCUAAUCCACCUCAUUUUCCAUCGCACGUGAUUAAAGCAACAUUUGCCUAUAUCAGUAAUUGUCAUAAAACCAAGUUGAAAAGCAUUUUAGAAAUUCUUUCCAAAAGCCCUGAUUCCUAUCAGAAAAUACUUCUUGCCAUAUGUGAGCAAGCAGCUGAGACAAAUAAUGUUUAUAAGAAGCACAGAAUUCUUAAAAUAUACCACCUGUUUGUUAGUUUAUUAUUGAAAGAUAUAAAAAGUGGCUUAGGAGGAGCUUGGGCCUUUGUUCUUCGAGAUGUUAUUUAUACUCUGAUUCACUAUAUUAACCAAAGGCCUUCUCGUAUCAUGGAUGUGUCAUUACGUAGCUUCUCCCUUUGUUGUGACUUACUAAGUCAGGUUUGCCAGACAGCAGUGACUUACUGUAAGGAUGCUCUAGAAAACCAUCUUCAUGUUGUUGUUGGUACACUUAUACCCCUUGUGGAUGAGCAGGUGGAGAUUCAGAAACAGGUAUUGGACUUGCUGAAAUACUUAGUGAUAGAUAACAAGGAUAAUGAAAACCUCUAUCUCACGAUUAAGCUUUUAGAUCCUUUUCCUGACCAUGUUGUUUUUAAGGAUUUGCGUAUUACUCAGCAAAAAAUCAAAUACAGUAGAGGACCCUUUUCACUCUUGGAGGAAAUUAACCAUUUUCUCUCAGUAAGUGUUUAUGAUGCACUUCCAUUGACAAGACUUGAAGGACUGAAGGAUCUUCGAAGACAGCUGGAACUACAUAAAGAUCAGAUGCUGGACAUUAUGAGAGCAUCUCAGGAUCAUCCACAGGAUGGGAUUAUGGUGAAGCUAGUUGUCAAUUUGUUGCAGUUAUCCAAGAUGGCAAUAAACCACACUGGUGAAAAAGAAGUUCUAGAGGCUGUUGGAAGCUGCUUGGGAGAAGUGGGUCCUAUAGAUUUCUCUACCAUAGCUAUACAACAUAGUAAAGAUGCAUCUUAUACCAAGGCCCUCGAGUUAUUUGAGGAUAAAGAACUUCAGUGGACCUUCAUAAUGCUGACCUACCUGAAUAACACACUGGUAGAAGAUUGUGUCAAAGUUCGAUCAGCAGCUGUUACCUGUUUGAAAAACAUUUUAGCCACAAAGACUGGACAUAGUUUCUGGGAAAUUUAUAAGAUGACAACAGAUCCAAUGCUGGCCUAUCUACAGCCUUUUAGAACAUCGAGAAAAAAGUUUUUAGAAGUACCCAGAUUUGACAAAGAAAACCCUUUUGAAGGCCUGGAUGAUAUAAAUCUGUGGAUUCCUCUAUGUGAAAAUCACAACAUUUGGAUAAAGACACUGACUUGUGCUUUUUUGGACAGUGGAGGCACAAAAAGUGAAAUUCUUCAAUUAUUAAAGCCAAUGUGUGAAGUGAAAACUGACUUUUGUCAGACUGUACUUCCAUACUUGAUUCAUGAUAUUUUACUCCAAGAUACAAAUGAAUCAUGGAGAAAUCUGCUUUCUACACACGUUCAGGGAUUUUUCACAAGCUGUCUUAGACACUUCUCACAAACGAGCCGAUCCACAACCCCUGCAUACAUGGACUCAGAAUCAGAACACUUUUCCCGAUGCUGUUUGGAUAAAAAAUCACAAAGAACAAUGCUUGCUGUUGUGGACUACAUGAGAAGACAAAAGAGGCCUUCUUCAAGAACAAUUUUUGAUGAUGCUUUCUGGCUGGAUUUAAAUUAUCUAGAAGUUGCCAAGGUAGCUCAGUCUUGUGCUGCUCACUUUACAGCUUUACUCUAUGCAGAAAUCUAUGCAGAUAAGAAAAGCAUGGAUGAUCAAGAGAAAAGAAAUCUUGCAUUUGAAGAAGGAAGCCAAAGUACAACUAUUUCUAGCUUGAGUGAAAAAAGUAAAGAAGAAACUGGAAUAAGUUUACAGGAUCUUCUCUUAGAAAUCUACAGAAGUAUUGGAGAGCCAGAUAGUUUGUAUGGCUGUGGUGGAGGGAAGAUGUUACAGCCCAUUACUAGACUACGAACAUAUGAACAUGAAGCAAUGUGGGGCAAAGCCCUAGUAACAUAUGACCUCGAAACAGCAAUCUCCUCAUCCACCCGCCAGGCAGGAAUCAUUCAGGCCUUGCAGAAUUUGGGACUCUGCCAUAUUCUUUCCAUCUAUUUAAAAGGAUUAGAUUAUGAAAAUAAAGAUUGGUGUCCUGAACUAGAGGAGCUUCAUUACCAAGCAGCAUGGAGGAAUAUGCAAUGGGACCACUGCAGUUCUGCCAACAAAGAAAUAGAAGGAACCAGUUACCAUGAAUCAUUGUACAGUGCUCUGCAAUCUCUAAGAGACAAAGAAUUCUCUACAUUUUAUGAAAGUCUCAAAUAUGCCAGAGUGAAAGAAGUGGAAGAGCUGUGUAAGGGCAGCCUUGAGUCUGUAUAUUCGCUCUACCCCACACUUAGCAGGUUGCAGGCCAUUGGAGAGCUGGAGAGCAUUGGGGAGCUUUUCUCAAGAUCAGUUACACAUAGACAACUCUCUGAAGUAUAUAUUAAGUGGCGGAAACACUCCCAGCUUCUCAAGGACACUGAUUUUAGUUUUCAAGAGCCUAUCAUGGCUCUACGCACAGUCAUUUUGGAGAUCCUGAUGGAAAAGGAAAUGGAGAACUCAGAAAGAGAAUGUUUUAAGGACAUUCUCACCAAACACCUUGUAGAACUCUCUAUACUGGCCAGAACUUUCAAGAACACUCAGCAUCUUCGGUUAUUAGAGGAAUCAUCAUUAUACCAAAGCACUGAAUGCCAAUAUGAUAUGUAUAAAUAUUGCUUAAUAGUAUCAGCCCUGAAGUAUUUGCUGUCCGGAGUUACCCAACUUCCUUAUUUUGCCUUCCUUUUACAGAACAAUCCCAGCCUAAAACUUAUAUACACAGAAUGUCUGAGGGUUUGUGGCAACUGGUUAGCAGAAACUUGCUUAGAAAAUCCUGCGGUCAUCAUGCAGACCUAUCUAGAAAAGGCAGUAGAAGUUGCUGGAAAUUAUGAUGGAGAAAGUAAUGAUGAGCUAAGAAAUGGAAAAAUGAAGGCAUUUCUCUCAUUAGCCCGGUUUUCAGAUACUCAAUACCAAAGAAUUGAAAACUACAUGAAAUCAUCAGAAUUUGAAAACAAACAAGCUCUCCUGAAAAGAGCCAAAGAGGAAGUAGGUCUCCUUAGAGAACAUAAAAUUCAGACAAACAGAUACACAGUAAAGGUUCAGCGGGAGCUGGAGCUGGAUGAAUGUGCUCUGCGUGCACUGAAAGAGGAUCGUAAACGCUUCUUAUGUAAAGCAGUUGAAAACUACAUCAACUGCUUAUUAAGUGGAGAAGAACAUGAUACGUGGGUAUUCCGACUUUGUUCCCUCUGGCUUGAAAAUUCUGGAGUUUCUGAAGUCAAUGGCAUGAUGAAGAGAGAUGGAAUGAAGAUUCCAUCAUAUAAGUUUUUGCCUCUUAUGUACCAAUUGGCUGCUAGAAUGGGGACCAAGAUGAUGGGAGGCCUAGGAUUUCAUGAAGUCCUCAAUAAUCUAAUCUCUAGAAUUUCAAUGGAUCACCCCCAUCAUACUUUGUUUAUUAUACUGGCCUUAGCAAAUGCAAACAAGGAUGAAUUUCUGACUAAACCAGAGGUAGCAAGAAGAAAUAGAAUAACUAAAAAUGCUCCUAAACAAAGCUCUCAGCUUGAUGAGGACCGAACAGAGGCUGCAAACAGAAUAAUACAUAUUAUCAGAAGUAGGAGACCUCAGAUGAUCAGAAGUGUUGAGGCACUUUGUGAUGCUUAUAUUAGAUUAGCAAACUUAGAUGCCACUCAGUGGAAGACUCAGAGAAAAGGCAUAAACAUUCCAGCAGACCAGCCAAUUACUAAACUUAAGAAUUUAGAAGAUGUUAUUGUCCCUACUAUGGAAAUUAAGGUGGACCCCACAGGAGAAUAUGGAAAUCUGGUGACUGUACAGUCAUUUAGAGCACAAUUUCGCUUAGCAGGAGGUGUAAAUUUACCAAAAAUAAUAGACUGUGUAGGUUCUGAUGGCAAGGAAAGGAGACAGCUUGUUAAGGGCCGUGAUGACCUGAGACAAGAUGCUGUCAUGCAGCAGGUCUUCCAGAUGUGUAACACAUUACUACAGAGAAAUACUGAAACUAGGAAGAGGAAAUUAACUAUCUGUACUUAUAAGGUGGUUCCCCUCUCUCAGCGAAGUGGUGUUCUUGAGUGGUGCACAGGAACUGUCCCUAUUGGUGAAUUUCUUGUUAACAAUGAAGAUGGUGCUCAUAAAAGAUACAGGCCAAAUGAUUUCAGUGCCUUACAGUGCCAGAAGAAAAUGAUGGAGGUGCAAAAAAUGUCUUCUGAAGAGAAAUAUGAAAUCUUCAUGGAUAUUUGCCAAAAUUUUCAACCGGUUUUCCGUUAUUUCUGCAUGGAAAAAUUCUUGGAUCCAGCUAUUUGGUUUGAGAAGCGAUUGGCUUAUACGCGCAGUGUAGCCACUUCUUCUAUUGUUGGUUACAUACUUGGACUUGGUGAUAGACAUGUACAGAAUAUCUUAAUAAAUGAGCAGUCAGCAGAACUUGUACAUAUAGAUUUAGGUGUUGCUUUCGAACAGGGCAAAAUUCUUCCUACUCCUGAGACAGUUCCUUUUAGACUCACCAGAGAUAUUGUGGAUGGCAUGGGCAUUACUGGUGUUGAAGGUGUCUUCAGAAGGUGCUGUGAGAAAACCAUGGAAGUGAUGAGAAACUCUAAGGAAACUCUGUUGACCAUUGUAGAGGUCCUUCUGUAUGAUCCACUCUUUGACUGGACCAUGAAUCCUUUGAAAGCUUUGUAUUUACAGCAGAGGCCAGAGGAUGAAACUGAGCUUCACUCUACUUUGAAUGCAGAUGACCAAGAAUGCAAACGAAAUCUCAGUGAUAUUGACCAGAGUUUCAACAAAGUAGCUGAACGUGUCUUAAUGAGACUACAAGAGAAACUGAAAGGAGUGGAAGAAGGCACUGUGCUUAGUGUUGGUGGACAAGUAAAUUUGCUCAUACAGCAGGCCAUGGACCCCAAAAAUCUCAGCCGACUUUUCCCAGGAUGGAAAGCUUGGGUGUGAUCUUUAGCAUAUGAAUUACCCUUGCAUUCAGCCUUUAGAAAUUCUAUUUUAGUCUUUAUUUCUAACCUGCCAACAUACUUAUAUUUAACUAAGUGAACUAUUGUGGGGUUUUUUUGAAUGCUGGUUUUAGUACUUGAUUUAAUCACCACACAAAAAUGUUUUGAUGGUCUUAAGAAACAUCUCUGCUCUUACUCUUUAGAAAUAAUGGUUAUUCAUGUUCCAUUUCUAGGCUAAAUGUUUAUUUCUUCUUCUCAAAUACAUACUUAUGUCAUUUUCAGUAGAAUCACUGACAUACAAUGCAAUGGCUGAAAACAAUGGAAGCAGCAGGAGUGAUGAUUUUUCCUUUAGUGUGAAUUAGAACAGAUAUACUGCUGAAAUGCCAGUUUCAACCAGGAUUUCAAGACUAGCCUGGUCAUCAUGGUGAAACCCCAUCUGUACCAAAAAUACAAAAAUUAGCUGGGUGUGUUGUUGGGUGCCUGUAAUCCCAGCUACUCAGAAGUCUGAGGCAGGAGAAUCUCUUGAACCUGGGAGUGGAGGUUGCUGUGAGCCAAGAUCAUGCCAUUGCACUCCAGCCUGGAUGAUAAGAGCGAAACUCCGUCUCAAAAACAAAAAAUGUAUUUGGAUUUUUCCUAGCAAGAUCACUCACAGUAUUACUAAAUAAUGAAGUUGUUAUGGAGAACAAAUUUCAAAGACACAGUGUAGUUACUAUUUUUUUAAGUGUAUAGUGAUCCUUCUCAUUCUAUUCCCUUUAUCUUUUAAACCCUUCUGUACUGUUCAUGUACAUUAUCUUCCUGUGAUACCUUCAUAUAUUGCCUUCUAGUUCAUGAAUUCUCUUGUCAGCUUUAUAUAAUCUCUCUUACCCUAUCCAUUGGUUUUCUUCUUUCAGAAAUUGUUUUUCAUUUCUAAGUAUGCAUCAUUUGUCAGAUGUUUGUUUCUUGAUGUCAUUUUUUAAUGCUUUUAACGUUUUCAUGUCACUAUUUUAAAUGUCUGUACUUGAUACUCAUUCUAAUAGUUCUAUUAAAUUAAGCUCCUACUGUUUAUUUCUGUUGAGUUUUAUAUUUGAUAGGCUGUUUAUCCAUUUUUAUCUUUUUGAAAAGUGAGCUUAUUUUCAGGAAGGCUUUAUCUGUGGAAACGCUGAGUGUCUGUUUAUGCCAUACUCCCAGGGCUGUUGCUGACACAAGACCACUUUUAUUUAAAUUUCUUGGCUUUAGGGUUUCUACAUCUGAAGCAUAGCAUAAAUUACUGAUAGAUUUCCCAAGCCAAGGCAGAGACACUUCCUCCUCAUCUCCCUGUGCUAGUGGGCAGAAUAUCUGAUUGGUGCCUUUUUCAGUGAGAGUAUAAGCCUCCCAUGUGUACUACUUUUGUGGCAGGGGUGGAAGGAGGUACAUUUAAUUCCCACUGCCUGCCUGCCUGUUGCAAACCCAGGGUUCUUUAGUCACCAUAAAGAUGACAAAGCGAAAAGCCAUGGGUUAAUGAAAUUGGCAAAUUGUUCCAGGACAGCUACGGCAUCAGCUCACUUAUUUACUGCUCUGGUUUUUCAUUCCCCCCAUUUUUGACCAUAAGGUUUUCUGCUUACUUUCUUGUAAGUUCUGCUAUGCCAAAGAAUGUUUUCUAUAUUUUAUUCACCAUUUCUAUGUGUUUUGUUGGAAGGGAAGGGCUUAGGUAUUUAGUUUGAUACACAGCUAGAAAUGGAACAUUUCUCCAUUCCCCAACUAUAAUCAUAUCAGAUAAACAUCAGAUAAAAAGCCACCUGAAAGUAAAACUACUCAUUCAUGUAUUAGUGAGUAUAAUCUCUUCUCCAUCCUUAGGAAAAUGUUCAUCCCAGCUGCAGAGAUUAACAAAUGGGUGGCUGAGCUUUCUCCUUGUAUUUGGACCUUGAAGGUUAUAUAAAUUUUUUUCUUCGGAAGAGUUGGCAUUUCUUUUUACUGCAAAUGGCAAGCACUCACUCAUAUUUGAUCUCCUCACCUUCCCCUCCCCUAAAACCAAUCUCCAGAACUUUUUGGACUAUAAAUUUCUUGGUUUGAUUUCUAGAGAACUGUUCAGAAUAUUAUUUUGCAUUUCAAAUUACAAACUUACCUUUGUGUAUCUUUUUCUUUUAAGCUGCCUAAAUGAAUAUUUGGUAUAUAUAUUGGUAGUUUUAUGACUAUAGUAAAUCAAGGAAAUGCAGUAAACUUAGAAUGUCUUUAAGGAAACCUUGAAAUCUUCAUGGAUGGAAUUAGAAAUUGUCAACUAUAUACUAGUAUAGUUAAAUGAAUUUGUAGCUAAUUCUUGCUAGUUAAUGCAUCCAAAGAGUUUUGAAUAGCAUCAUUAAUCUGCCCUUCAGCCUUGAAUGUAUGCAAUAAGGCUCCUGUUCUGUUCAAGUAUUCUAAUCAAUGGUUUUGAAAAGUUCAUCAAAUUUGCAUACAGAUCACAAACCUAUGAGACAUAACUAAUUCACAGAUAACAGAAUUAAGAUUAUAAAAGUUGUUGUUGUUGUUGUUGUUGUUUUUUGUAUUUUUAGUAGAGACAGGGUUGCUACUGCAUUCUAGCCUGUGCAACAGAGUGAGACUCUGUCUCAAAAAAAAAAAAAAAAAAAGAUUUUGGCAAGCUGGAACACUUUCUGCAAAUGACCAAGAUAGAAAACUGCCAGGAACAAAUGAAGAGUAGUUAAGAUUUUAAAAAUAUUAAUCAUAAAAUAUUUGUUGUAUGCUAAGUCACUGACAUGUGCAGCAUCUCUGAUCUUUACCUUGCAAGAUUUGUGAUACCAUCUCAAUUUACUGCUGAAGAAAUAAAAAUUUGGAGAAAUAAGUUGUCCCGGGCAAGGAGAUAGUAUAUUAUAAGUACAAGUAUAAUAUGGACAGUAUCUAACUUGAAAAGAUUUCAGGUGAAAAAGAAUUGGGGGUUUGCCAGUCAAGUGCGAAAAAGGUCAGUGAAAACCAAAUAGUGAAGCUGUUAGAGAAGCCCUCCCACCCCACUCUUCCCCAAAGUGUCUACCUAAUCAAUGGGUUCACAAACUCUUGGUUAUUAUAGUAUAUGCCCAAAAUGUAUGCACUUAAGAAAAAGCAAAGAGGAAAAACUUUGGACGUCUUAAAGAUUGGAAUAGACUAGUCUUUUAAAAAAUAGCCAGUAUAUUGGUUUGAAAUAUAUGUCCCAAUUUCAAGUAUUUUAAUUGCACCUUAAUGAAACUAUUUUCUAUGGAUUUUAAUACUAUUGAAUGUAUUACUUUACUGUUACCUGAAUCUAUCAUAAAAUGUUUCUUGAAUAAAUAAUUAUAAAAG